UCAGCUGUCAAGAGAAAAAAAGAAUCCGAAAUCAAAAUCCGUAAUCCAGUGUCAAUGUCCAAGCGGAGCCACCAUCAUUUGACGGAACUCGGCUGCAUCGCCUGCGAAGAUUUGACGGAGUUCGGUGCCGGAAAGGAAGGUUGGUUAGCCCCUGAUGCCGGCACCACCGUCCUCUGCGCUCUCGACGCCCAUUCUCUCGCAAUCGCUAACCGAUCUGUUGUUCUCAUCAUCGGCUGGUCCGACUCGGACGAACCUCGGGUUAAGAUCCGACCCGAACUGUCACCUAUCGAGGCAGAGCGCAUCACGGCCAUCGAGUGGCUGGUUUUCGAUGAUAUUAAAGUGAUUGCAAUCGGAACCUCCAGAGGAUUCCUUUUGAUGUACUCUUUGCGUGGUGAUUUGAUUCAUAGACAGAUGGUAUAUCACGGACAAAUCAUAAAGCUAAGAGUUCGGGGAACUAAGAAAGAUCUGAUGCAAGAUAUAUCUUCAGAGGAUGUUUGUGUUGUCAUGCCUGGUGUAAUCGCUCGUUUUGAUGGGUCUGAUAUACGGAGUAUGCUUCAAAGGUGGUUUCAAGAAACUCAUUCUCGUUUUUGGGAUGAGAAAUCAAAUAAAGAUUUAGAGGAUGACGGAAACUCUGACAACAGAUUGCCUUACCAGAUAUGGAAUGUUAAUAAGUAUGGGUCAUGUGUUGAUGCAGCAAUCACUGGCAUAAUGCCGCCUCCACUCAUGGAACUCCAGUCAAGUCAACGUUACUAUUGUGCUGUCACCAUUGGAGAUGAUGCUGUGAUCUCUGCUUUCAGACUUUCAGAAGAUAGGAAACGUUCCUUGGUAGGAGUUAUUUUGUCAAAAGUUAUGCCUGUCACAUUUUCCACUAUUGCUUCUUUUUCCAAAAUGAUAUGGCGGAGUGAACCAACACCAACCAGUAAACCAGAAGAGAAGCUUCAGUCAUUUGCUCGAGCUUCUUCAUUGACAUGUUUGAAGGACUACCCAAGAAAGGGUGAAAAGCUGACCUUAUCACCCAGUGGCACUUUGGCUGCUAUCACGGAUUCACUUGGUCGUAUAUUACUCUUAGAUACUCAGGCACUUGUAGUAGUGCGAAUUUGGAAGGGAUAUCGUGAUGCAAACUGCUUUUUCAUGGAAAUGUUAGUGAAUAGAGAUGAUAAACGUGCAAGUUCCUCUUACCAUGUACCAGGAAAGAGUGACUAUUGCCUCUGUUUAGCCAUUCAUGCGCCCCGAAAAGGAAUUAUUGAGGUAUGGGGUGCAUAAGGGCUACACGCAAAAAGCCAGUGUGAACCCUCGCCUAUGGGUGGCUGCAACUUGUAUAUAUAUUAUUAAGGUUUUUUACUAAGCUAGUGUGCCUUACCAUCACGCCCGACACUUCUUCCUUAUCUAAUACCAACAAUGGUAAGACACACUGCACUCCUAAGGGAGAAUGCAGGUUCGAACUUUGGAGACGAUAUUGUUGGGGUGGGUCACCACGAACACCAAAUAUCUGUAAAACGGAUAUGGAGAAUAUACAAAAAAAAAAAAAAAAAAACCCUUAACUGAUGAUGUGUUGUAAGGGGCCAAAUUUUUUCUGUGGAGAGGGAGGGAAGAUUAAGUUAUAUUUUUAUGAGAGCUAAAAUGCAAUUUCACCAUUGCAUUGGCAUAUAUCUUUAGUUUUUAGGACUAAAUCAAAAAUUUAUCAUUUUGGGGGGCCAGGGCCCAUCUACCCCCCCUUACCUUUGCCUGUGUGUUGUUGUGUAACUUUUUAUUAUUAUCUCUUAAUCAAUAAUAGAACAAUUCCAAUAGUUUUAUCCAAUAAAUUAAUAAGAAUCAUAAGAAAUUUCAUAACUUUUCUAGGUGUUCCCCAAAAUGAUGUUCACCCACAUUUUCACAAUAUAUCCUAAUAAUUUCAUUAGAAAUAAAAAAAGAGCUUUCACUUACUUUUUCUUUCAAUUGUAAGACCAAAAACCAUUCUCUAUCAUUCCUCUUCUCUUUAGAGCUUCUCCACUUUCUCUCAAUUUUUUUUUUCCUUCUUGCAUGCUUUAUAAGAAAUUGAUGGCAACUUUGAUUUUUAUUUCCUUAGGUUUCCAUUUUUUUUAACCCUAGUGUGUUUUUUACUCAUGGGCUUUAGUCAAAACUCUUACUAAAACAAUUGGCCGUGCUGUUAUGAUUCGAUCGAGUAAUUACAUAUUUCAAGUAGAAAUAAUUGCGUGAAUGGAUUGAUGUAUUACUCUAAAACUUGAUUCACUCUUAAAGGAAACAUCUUAAUUUUAUCUUCUCAUGAGUGAAUUGAUGUUACUAAUAUUUACUCUAUCAAGAUAUAUGAAUUUGACUGAUUUUUGGCUUUGCUGUUCUGAUUUUGAGUUGUAUUGGGGACUGAAAACUAGACAACAUUUGGAUGGUUUUCUUUAUAAAUGCAGCUUUUAGAUCUUCAUAUGCAAUUACCGUUAUGCACUUGAUAAUAUCAAUUUCUUGUGUCAAGUGGUUGAGUAUCUGAACGUGCACAGGUGUGGCAGAUGAGAACCGGACCACGUGUCUUAGCUAUCCAGUGUGCUAAAGGAUGCAGAUUGUUACAGCCAACAUACAGGUUUGGAUCAUUAUCAGACUCUCCUUAUGUUCCUCUCGAAGUGUUUUUGUUGAAUGGAGACUCAGGUCAGUUGUCAGUGCUGAA